GGGCUUUCAGUAUAUCUAUUGUUCUAUUAUUAGCACCUUCUAUCCUAUUUUUCAUAUUUACGUAAGAGACAACAUAUAUACAAGAAUAAUGCGGGAUGAUUCAUGCUUUAGUUAACAGAUGCCCUUGGUUAUGGCAUAACAUGUCACCGGCAGUGCCCAUCGUGUUUGCAUAUCUGUUUGUUCUCGCUCUUGCCUCCAUGCUAAAAACCUCGUGGACAGACCCUGGUAUUUUACCUAGAAACCUAGACAAGAUAGCACAACCAGAGAAUCAAUCAAGAGAGGAUACCUAUGGUUAUCCAUACUCUUCCAUGUCAGACUAUAGCAUAUUGCCUUCACCUAAAGAAGUUAUGAUCAAGGGCAUGCUCGUACGAUUAAAAUAUUGCGAAACAUGCUGUAUCUAUAGACCACCAAGAGCAAGCCAUUGUAGACAAUGUAAUAAUUGUGUAGAAAACGAGGACCAUCACUGUAUUUGGUUAAAUAACUGUGUUGGCAAGAGAAACUACAAGAGCUUCUUUACAUUCGUUAUUUGUUGCUUCUUGCUUUGCUGUCUUGCUGCUGCAUUUUCACUGUACCAGGUCAUUUUUACAGCACUAGACAUUGGAUCAUUUCAAAUUGCCUUACAAAGGGAACCUAUCAGUUUUGCCGUCGCCUUAUUCUGCCUUAUUUUGCUCCUUCCUGUCUCUUGCCUCACUGGGUAUCACUGUUUCCUGGUGAUGAGAGGUGUAACGACACACGAGCAGUUAAGAUCAAAUCUGGCUGCAAACCCAUUUGAAGAACACCCCUUCGAUUUUGGCAACCCCUUCUCCAACAUGAUUCAUGUGCUUUGUAGACCUCGAAAUAAAAGUUAUAUUGGAAGACGUAAAUUCGUAGAAGAAGUCUAUGAGAUUGAUACGUCAAAUUUAAACAAUCCCCUUACAUCAUCACCACACUAAUACGAGGUCACACACUCCUCUUUCUCUCCUCUUUUUUUUUUUUUUUAUUUCCUUUUUUAUGACUCCUUAUAUUUUACCUAUAGAACCUUCAGCUAAAGGGUCGCUACAGACUGAGCUAUUAAUAUUGAAUAAACUAUUGGAUGGUGUACGGAUUAUUGCAUACAGCAUCUAUUGUGUAUAUAUUUAUCUUCUUUAUAUAUAGGACAUAUUAGAACUCUCGGCGCGUCUUUUGGAUUACAAUGCAGCUAAAGCUAAUAACAAACUAGAGACCAGUACU